AUGCCGCUGGUAGACGCGGGUACUUUGUUAACGUGGCUAAUCAUUGGUCUCUCUGCAGCAGUAUUAGUGAGAAGAGAAUGCUGGAAGCGACAUAUUUAUCUGACAUCAUCUGCACUAGAUGCUGGAAUGAAUUUUGCAUUAGUGGUGAUCGGUGGACCGUUGGUAUGGUAUAACGUGACUUUUCCUACUUGGUGGGGAACAGGUGGAGAUAGUAAAACGGGAUGUCCAUUCUCGAAAGCAAAUCCUGCUCUAGCACAAAAUUUUGAUCCACAGACAUACGGAACGUGA